GCGGGCCGUGGCUGGUAGCGGGCAGUGGCCUGCGGAAUACCGCCCGGUUCUGCUGAAGGGUUGAGGAGGAGGUGGGCACCUUCCCCGACCGGCUGGCCUUCAUCCGGGAGGUGGCCUUUGGAGCGUUGGGCCUUCAGAUGCAGGACAUCCUCUGCGUACAGCGGAAUGGCCCCUUCCAAUUCUUUGAGGUCACUUUGUCCACCGAUGACAGCUGCAGCAAGGUCCUGGAGCAGAGCAAGGAGGGGGCCCAGCACCCUCUCCUCGGACGUUAUAACAUCGAGCCGCUGUGGUGGCCCGACAAGCGGCCUCCCUUCUGCCGGCAGUGCCACAGCUUUGGACACACCCUGGAGGGAUGCGCCAAUCUGCGCUGCCGCAACUGCCUGGAGUCGGGGCACAUGGCCAGGGACUGCAAGGGCCCCCGUCGCUGCAAACACUGUAACGGCGAGGACCAUCUGGCUCGUUCCUGCCCACAGAAAAAGACUACAUAUGCCGACGCUCUGUCGGGUAACAGAGCAGUCGGCACGGAGAAUGGUGGGGGAGCUCUAGCCCCCACGACUGGGCAGGAACAGCCGGCGACGGGGGCAGGAGGAGAAGCCCUGGUCGUGGUGGAGGAGGCCCCUUCGAGUGCGACACCAAUGCAGGAGGGGUCUCCGAACAAGGUGGAGCAGCUCGCCCUGGCUCCAGGCGUCAGCAGCAGGCGAAAGAAGAGCGGUGCAUCCCCCCGGGGGAGGAAGAAGAGCAGAAGGGAGGCGCAACCCGACGCACCCAGCCCUCCGGCGGCCACCUCGCCAGCAGUGGCGGCCGGGGACCAAGGCCGACAGUGUCCCCCCUCCCCGAUGUUAGAGGCCCCCCGUCUGGUGUGGGACUUGGGACAGUCCCCUGCACCCCCCCAGGAGUACAGCGGUCAACAGGACACUGCUAAUGAACAGGAGUACCUGGGGGGGCUGGAAUUGGGGGACCUUUUGAGGUUGACUGAGGAGGGGGGGCAGUAGGACAGUAUUGUUUUUAAUGGCUGGCUUUUAUUAUUUUAGUUUGUUGUUUUUAAUUGUAUUAUUAUUUUAGCAUUCUAUGGCCAAUUUUAAUAUUGUCACCUUGAAUGUAAGGGGUUUGAGGAACAUUUUAAAACGCACAUCUGUUUUUAACCAGCUGGCAUCUUCUCCCUUCAGCAUUUGUUUUCUGCAGGAAGUCCACCUCCGGGACCAGCGGGACGAGGCUCUCUUUUCACGACAGUGGAAGAGGGGUAGAUCCUACUGGAGCGUAGGUGGCGUCCACUCCUCAGGCGUCGGGAUCCUUUUUGGCGACCGCGCCUUUGAAGAAGUAAGUGCGUUUACCGUCCUUCAGGGCAGGGUUUUGGGAGUGGAGGCCACAUGGAGGGGACAGCGCCUCCGGGCCAUAUGUGUCUACGCUCCGGUGGAGGCCUCGUCCCGUAUAACUCUCUUUGAAGAGUUGUCCCCGUUCUGUGUCACAGAUCGACACUUGAUUUUAGGAGGGGACUUUAACAUCUCGUUGGAGGGUAGACAGGAUGUCAGCUCAGGGCAUUUUCGCCAUUUUAUUCGUUCCUUUAAACUUGUUGACGGUUUUAAAACAUGCAACCCCAGCAUGCCGGGCUUCACCUGGCAUAAUAGUCGCGGAGCUAGCAGCCGCAUCGACUACAUUUUAGCUUCACCCCCCGUUGCUUUUAAAAAGGUGUCCCUCUCCCCACAGUGGCCCACUGACCAUCUGGCAGUGGAGGCCACUGUCUCCAUAGACGCCCCUGUAUAUGGGGGCGGCUAUUGGAAAAUGAACCUGCAGAUCCUGGAGGAGAGAGA